GAAUAAGGCAAACUUUGAGCACAAAGUUUUUGUUGAAAUCACUAUCCGCCGUCGUACGUGAGCCGUUUGUUAGACCGGCCUUGCCGGAUCUGGAUGAGAGCGUUCAUGGUUUUUUCACCAGACGUUUCAACGAACAAUUAGCCGACAUACUGAUUAGCGCCCUCGUACACGGCAUUUAUGCGGGCGAUGUAAAAAAACUUUCAAUGAGAUCAACAUUCACGAGUAUAUAUAACAUGGAAAAAUCAUACGGUUCGGUGAUUAAGGGUGCGUUCAGUAGAAAUCCUUCACCGCCGUCUGACGAGGAUAGGACUUUGGUUGAGACUAUAAAUCGAGACAACGAGAAUCUAAUGAAAAUCAUCAACAAAUCUAGCCUUUAUUCAUUUAAGGAUGGCAUCGGGCAGCUGACGAAUGCACUUGUGAAAGACUUGAGAGAUAAGCCGAACGUAGAACUCAAAGUUGAUAGUCGC